AUGAGAUUACCAAAAGGGAGACCAGGCUGGACUGGAAGAGGAGACAAGGAGGAGAAGGACAACAAUAUAGCAGAGAGCAAGUGUGCCUCCCGGGUGGUAGCUCACUGCCCUUCUCCCAUCCGUGUUGUUCUUCUCAUGAUCAUAGUUAAUAAAUCCGAAACCUCUCUACUGCCCAAUUUUACUUUACAAGGAAAAGUUGCAGAGCUAAGUAUUAGGAGGUUUUCUAGCUCCAGCAAUGAUGAUGCAGAUUCCGAUACUGAAAAUGAGGAGAAUGACGAGAGUGAGAACUGUGAAAGCGACAACAAAGGUUCAAGUGUCAAGUCAACUGCAGAUCCUGCAGAAGUUCAUAACGUAUGCAAGGUGAUUGAUGAAUUGUUUGCAUUGGAGCACAACAUGGAGGCAGUUCUUGAUGAAUGUGGGAUCAAUUUAUCACAUGACCUGGUCAUUAAGGUGUUGGAAAGAUUCCGUCAUGCUAGAAAACCAGCUUUUCGAUUCUUCUGUUGCGCAGCGGAGAAGCCAGGUUUUGACCAUGAUUCAAGGACUUACCAUUCGAUGAUGAGUAUACUUGCUAAGACUAGACAGUUUGAGACUAUGAUGUCAAUGCUUGAAGAAAUGGGUGAAAAAAGGCUUUUGACGUUGGACACAUUUUCCAUUGCAAUGAGAGCUUUUGCUGUUGCAAAGGAGAGGAAAAAGGCUGUUGGUAUAUUUGAGUUAACGAAGAAGCACAAAUAUAAAAUGGGUGUUGAUACCAUUAAUUCUCUGCUUGAUAGUCUUGGGAGGGCCAAGCUUGGAAAAGAAGCUCAGGUUGGAAGGGUGAAGAAUUUAAUGGAGGCAGGGAGGAUUUGGAAUAAGAUGCUUGAUAAGGGGUUUAAGCCUGAUAUUGUCGCCCAUAAUACUAUGCUUGAAGGGUUCUUAAAGAGUAAGAAGAGGUCUGAUGCAAUCAAGUUCGUUGAAGUCAUGAAAGCCAAGGGCCCUUCACCUGAUGUUCGGAGCUAUAGAAUUUUGAUCCGAGAUCUAUGCAAGCAAACUAAGAUGAAAGAGGCAGUUGAAUACUUUUAUGAGAUGGUUGAUUCUGGUUGCCAUCCUGAUGCUGCAGUUUACACCUGUUUGAUGACAGGGGAUGGUAAUCAGAAGAGGAUGGACAUGGUUUAUGAAUUGUUGAAGGAGAUGAAAGAAAAGGGCUCUCCACCUGAUUGCAAAACUUACAAUGCCCUUAUCAAGUUGAUGACCAGCCGGAGAAUGCGAGAUGAUGCAGUGAGGGUAUACAAGAAGAUGAUUCAAAAUGGAAUUGAACCUUCAAUCCAUUCUUACAAUAUGAUUAUGAAAUCUUACUUUCAAAUAAGAAACUAUGAAAUGGGUCAUGCAGUUUGGGAUGAGAUGAGUAAAAAAGGCUUUUGUCCCGAUGAUAACUCCAAUACUGUUUUCAUCGGAGGGCUUAUAAGUCAGGGUAGAUCUGAAGAGGCAUGCAAAUAUUUGAAGGACAUGAUAGAAAAGGGAAUGAAAGCUCCUCAGCUGCACUACAACAAUUUGCACCUGAUUUCUCCCGAGCUGGGAAGCCUGAUAAACUUGAGGAGUUAG